UUUCCGGUCCUUAAACACAGUGCGGCAGCAGUGACCACAGACGAUCAGGCUUGGUGACAUUUAAACAGUGAAUUUUGAGAGAACAGAAAAAGAGAAACAUGAAAGAGAAUGGGGUUACGUUGAUAAAAAUAAAGAGAAUGCAGAGGAAAGCUGUCGGACCGUCCUACCAGGGGCUUCUGUAGCCUUAGAGGAGGAGGCAUCAACUUGACCAGGAAAUCCCAUUUUGAGCAGGCCUGUCCAGAAUCAGGGAAACAAACACAGUCAGCGGCUCAUCACUGCCGUCGUUAGCUCACCGCCGCUGCGUGGACACGCGCGAGCGCGCGCGCACCGCCACAAUUUGGACGUAGUUUGUCAACAUGACCAGCCUGCGCCAGAGGAAGAGCAAUAAGGGGAAGGAGGCUUCUCUGAGUGCCGAAGUUCAGUCCCAGCAGUCCAACUGUUGCGCCCAUCAUCACCAUCCAGAGAACAUCUUGCAGGGUGAUUGGUCAUGGGGGGCUAUAAUCUGGACCUCGAUUGGUUGGGCUGUUUCAGUUGGUCUCGGUCUGCUGUGCUGCAUCUAUGUGACCACACUACAUGAGAAUGACCUGUGGUUCUCCAACAUCAAGGAAGUGGAGCGGGAGAUCUCCUUUCGGACAGAGUGUGGACUUUACUACUCGUACUACAAACAAAUGUUGCAGGCACCAUCUAUACGUGAAGGACUGUCAGAAUUGAUCCAUGACAACUUGACAGAAUCCAAAAGAACCAUUAAUCUGUUACAGCGAAUGAAUAUUUACCAAGAGGUGUUUCUCAGUGUUCUCUACAGGUUAUUGCCCAUACAGUUGUAUCUGGAACCAGUGUAUUUCUACAUUUACACAGUGUUUUCGCUCCAAGCCGUAUAUGUGAUCGCUCUGUACCUCACUGCAUGGCUCCUGUCUGGAUCAUGGCUUGCUGGUAUGCUAACAGGAGUCUGGUACAUUCUCAACAGAGUAGAUACCACUCGUGUAGAGUUCACCAUCUCCCUGAGAGAGAACUGGUCUUUGCCCUUCUUUGCACUGCAAGUCGCUGCGAUCACUUGUUACUUUAGGCCUCGGCUCAGCACCUUACAGCAGAAGGUGAUGGUGUGGCUGAUGUACGUGACAACGCUCUGUUUCUGUUUGACGUGGCAGUUCAACCAGUUCAUUCUACUUGUUCAGGCUCUUAUCAUUUACAUCAUGGAUUGUGUCGAUCUCUUAACAACCACACAGGUUACAACUCUGUACCUAGUUCAGGUGAGUGGCCUGCUCAGUGUAUGGCUCCUCCAGUUCUGUAACUCCAUGAUCCUGGGAUCACUGGUCCUGAGCUUUGUCGUAGCUGCUCUUUUCAUCAGACAUUGUCACUCUGGUCUGAAGACGGGAGGCUUGCUGGUUCGUUUGGGCAAAGUUCUUCUUCACAGUGCUUUGGUUCUUCUGCUCACCUUCAUCAUCAACUACCUGACCAAGAAAGCUCUUCAGCUCAGAUCAGAUGAACAUAUUUUUAAAUUCAUCAAGUCCAAGUUUGCUUUGGGGCCAACCAGGGAUUUUGAUGCUGGCCUGUAUCUGUGUGAGGAGGCUUUUGGUCUGCUUCCCUUGGACACACUGGAGCGUCUGGGUGGCACGCUGCUGUUAUACCCCUACACACUAUCUGUACUGCUGCUGAGCAUCAUGCUAACAGUGACAGUACUGCAGAACCUUUGGACUAAAGUAGGUGUGGGAGAGGAGAAGAGAGAAGCUACAGAGAGAUAUAUGGUGGCUUUUCGUCCAGAUGUGGCCUAUAAUCUGUUGCACACCAUGCUCUUUGGCAUCCUGGCUUUCAGCACUAUGAGAAUGAAGUAUAUAUGGACCGGCCACAUGUGUGCAGUUGCAGCUUACGGUGUGUGUGGGACUGAGUUGUGGACUCUGGUUCUCAGAGCUCUCCGCUGCAACACUAAAGUCCUGUUGAGGCUUGUCAGAUACGCUGUUCCCCUGUUGAUGCUGUGUUGGCUGUAUUACAAGUUCUGGCCGAAGCUGAUGGAGGAGUUAACAGAGCUGAGGGAGUUCUAUGAUCCAGACACUGUGGAGCUCAUGACCUGGAUUAGCACAAAGACCCCCAAGCAGGCGGUGUUUGCUGGAAGCAUGCAGCUCCUGGCCGGCAUCAAGCUGUGCACAGGCAGAGUUCUCACCAACCACCCACAUUAUGAAGAUAAAGACCUGCGGGAGCGGACCAGACAGGUGUAUCAGGUGUACGCUCGCCAGUCCCCAGAGGAAGUGUACAACAUCCUGAGGGCGGUGGGGGCCGACUACGUGGUGCUGGAGAACAGCAUCUGUUAUGAGCGGAGACACAGGCGAGGCUGCAGACUGCGGGACCUGCUCGACCUGGCUAACGGACAUAUCAUGGAUGGACCUGGAGAGAACGACCCGGACCUCGUCCCCGCCCCCCACCCUCGCUUUUGUGAGGCCAUCAAGACGGACGCUGCAGCGUACACCGCACUGUUCACCAGAACUUUUCAGAACAAAACCUUCUAUGUGUACCGGCUCAAGAAGAAACGCAAGAAAAGUACCAAGAGCUCAUCAGAACCUGGCGUGCCACAGUAGCCGAAUCAGAGCUCGGAGAAGAAAUCCAGCAGAGACCAGAGCGGAGAGGGAGAGCAGAGAUGAUGGGAUGAAGUUCUCAGUCUCCUCUAUGCACUUUGUCCAGCUGUGGUUGUUGUAGUUGUACAAUUUUUUAAGUGGCUCUAUGAACCUUUAGGUCGAAAAAGUGGGGCCAGCUGGGUUGUAAUUUUUUAGUUUAUGGAAAGUUGAACCAGAUGUUUGCUGCUGAUGUUAAACAGAAAUGUAAGCCAACCCAGGUUUUACAGUAUAACCAUGAUAAACUUCUGAACAGUCCAAACAUCUCCGCAACCCAGUUGUUUUUCAGUUAUAUAAUUUUUAGAUCAAAAUAAAACUCCAGUAUGUAUUAAUUAGACUAAGCAAAUGUAGGUGCAAUAGAUGUGACAAACUAAAUCUAAAGACACUGGUUAAUUGUGUAAAAAGAUGGACACCUAAAUAAAAAGGUGAGAUUUAUGGUAAGGAGUCAGAGUAAGGCUAUAGUGAAGUGACUGGAAAUAAAUUUAUGUCAAUGAACGGUCCUAAUAAGGAUAUAAAUACAAGUGUGUGUGUGUGUGUGUGUGAUGGCAGCUAAAAGGAUAAACUUACUGCUCAUCUCAGGUGUUUUGAUCUGUUCUUCAAAAUGUUACACAAGACUUGCAGCACCAAGUUUCUAACCUUCGUACUAAACGUAGAAAAUGUCGACAUUUCUGGCUGUUUAGUUUAAGUUGUUGGCGAUUUAGUGAGGAUUGUUUUGUUUAUGGGGGUAUCUGUUCACACACGGAAGUGACAGCAAAACAUCAAGCAGCUCAUUGAAACGUUUGUAUUUACAGACUGAGUGCAGCUCUUCUCUUCGUUUAUACUCAGAAGUCAGAGGUUCAGCAUUUGAAGUCAGAGAAAUCGACUCCAACGAUCCCGUGGGAUAGAAUUUGGAUUCAGAAAGUCUGACCAGUCGCAAUCUCAAAAUCAAAUAUGGCUGACUCGAGCGUGAAAAGUGAGGAUAGCUGCAGUAAUUUCUACAGAAACUGGAUUUUUAGUUUGAUUUCUGUUGGUUUGUAUUGCAGUAAAUGUUGCUAUAUAUUGGUUGAAAACAUAACAUACAUACAGUCUGUUGUAAAGAGUUGUGUUGCUAAAGGUUGUUAGCUUGGUGACUGAACAAGUUUUUGACUUGGAGCUGGACCRUGAUUAUAUUGUCAUUCCCAGUUUUGCACUCUAUCCUGCUUUCAAUCUGAAAGUGCUAUAAGUGACAMAUUACAUUUUAUUUGAAAUAUAUAAGCUUGACUUCACGCUUUGUAAAAUAUGUCCCCUGAAGUUACAGUUUUAACCCAGAAAGUUGAAAAAUAGUCUUACCAACACAAUUUAAAACCAAUCUUGGCCACACCACUAACUGUUAGCGUUUCAGUCCGUUUGUGUUUAAAGAAAUCAGUCAGAAUCACAAUUGUCUAAAUUACUUAAGCAGACAAGCUGCUUGUUUGCCAUCUGUAAAGUACAUUCUAUGGUGUUAACUUGUAUCGCUAAUGAUGUCUAAUCUUCUUAAUGAACAAAUACGCUUCUUUUUGCUACUUGCAUUUGGAACACAGUCCAACCAGUAAGAUGUGAUUCCUUUCAGAGUUGGAGACAAAUCAAAUGUGAGUGGAGAGUGCAGCAUGCAUUACUUSUGUAGCAUGAUCUGUGGACGUAGGAUAUUGAGGUUCUGGGUUUUGAAUAGUGGCAAAAAAUUCGUAGAGCGAUCAUUAAAAUGGUCUCUACUCUUUAUCUGCAUUGUGCUUUUGUUUUCUGCUUUCCGAAAAGUCAGCGUCAGUGUGACUUGUCAGAAGUGCUCCUCUCCUUGGAGUAAAUUCAGAGUAGUCUCAYGUGUCGGUCCGUGUUGGUCACCAAACUAAAUGUUAUCAGUUCCUCCGUACAAAGAAAAA